AAAAAGGAACGUAAAUCUUCUCUUCGUGGCCAUAUUGCACCCAGAAUAGAAGUUAAAGAAACAAAUACCAUGUAUAAAGACUAUGAUCCCACAACUGGUAAUAAGAUGAUUAACAAAUAUAUGUUAAUUAAAGAAUUAGGCAGGGGUGUACAUGGAAAAGUCAAGUUGGGGAAAGACAUGGAGCUGGGAGAGUUGGUUGCCAUAAAAAUUGUUGAUAGAGUAACACGUCGUCGCUUGGGCUCAAGGAACAAUGAUCUCACUAAUGAGCAAAAAAUUAGAAAAGAAAUUGCAAUACUAAAAAAAUGUGUCCACCCACAUGUUGUUAGGUUGAAAGAAGUUAUUGAUGAUCCAAUGAGUAGAAAAAUUUAUAUGGUCAUCGAGUAUAUGGAAGGUGGUGAAAUACAAUGGAAAGAUGAACAUGACCGGCCUGUUAUAAGUGUUGAUGAGGCAAGGCGGAUAUUUAGAGACGUAGUGUUGGGUUUGGAAUAUCUUCAUUAUCAGGGCAUUAUACAUAGAGAUAUAAAACCUGCCAACUUAUUACUCACCGCCGAUAAUGUUGUAAAAAUCUCAGAUUUUGGUGUAUCACAUUUCAGCCAACGUGCUGCCGCAGUCGAGUUACAAGGAAAUAAUAAUCCUGCACCUAAUCAAGAAGAUGCGGACUUAAUUAAAACCGCUGGAAGUCCUGCGUUUUUUGCUCCUGAACUGUGUUUUCCCGGAGAUUUGACACUGGAGAUAAAUUCUACUUCGAUAGUAACUGGUAAUUCUGGUAAUUCUUCUGAAUCGCUUCCGAAAUCCCAUUCAACUACCAAUUCUAUAUCAGUACGAGGACAACGACCUCCUAUUACCAAAGCUAUCGAUGUCUGGGCCCUUGGUGUCACACUAUAUUGCUUCAUUUUCGGAAGAUGUCCUUUCAUAGCAGAUACGGAAUUUGAAUUAUUUUUUCAUGUUAUACCUAGGCAACCAUUGGAAUUUCCUGAGGAUAUAUCUAUUUCAGACAGUUUAAAAGAUUUACUUACAAGGUUAUUAGAAAAAAAUCCGCAAAAAAGGAUCACUCUGGGAGAAGUUAAAAAUCAUCCUUGGGUAAUUGCUGACUUACCAAAUCCACAGAAAUGGCGAGAUGAUACUGACCCAAAGAAGUAUCAGACGCUUACAGUUACUGAUGAGGAAGUUAAAAGUGCCUACACAUUAAUUGAUCGGUUAAAAAAGAAAAUUCGUAAAAUUUCUUUAUCCUUAGGAAAUCUUACUCUCGGAAAUUUUCGCAAGCGCUCUAAGUCUGUUUCAGGAUCAUUAACAUCAUUUAAUGAUUCUAAAGAUAAUUCUUCAGUUUUAACAGUUCAAUCCACUCCUACAUCUAGAGAUUAA